CUUCUGUCAAAAUUGUUUAUAUUGCGCAUGUGAGGAAGUAAAGUGAACUUCCUUUUUGAGCCGGUACAAUGGCGACUGGAACGCUGUACACAUACCCAGGCAAUUUUAGAGCCUUCAAGGCUCUAAUUGCUUCUGAAUACAGUGGUGCUAAAGUGACAGUUGACACCAGCUUCAAGCUUGGAGAAACAAACAAGGAUGCUGCAUUUCUAAAGAAAUUCCCUAUGGGAAAGGUUCCAGCAUUUCAAUCAAGCAAUGGAGACUGCAUCUUUGAGUCAAACGCAAUUGCUCAAUAUGUUGGCAAUGAGCAGCUUCAAGGAAAAUCAAGGACUGAUGCCGCGUUAGUCCAACAGUGGAUCAACUUUGGCGACAAUGAGAUAAUUCCAGCGUCAUGCACAUGGGUGUUUCCGUGCCUUGGUAUUACACAGUACAACAAACAGGACACAGAGAAGGCAAAGGAACAGAUCCAGAAGGCUCUGUGCGUUUUGAACUCCUACCUGGCCCCCCGCACCUUCCUUGUCGGUGAACGAGUCAGCCAGGCUGACAUCACUGUCGCCUGUGACCUCCUCCUCGCAUACCAAUAUGUGUUGGACCCUAGCUUCCGAGGUACAUACGCAAAUGUCAACAGAUGGUUCACAACACUCAUCAACCAGCCUCAGUUUAAGAAGGUCAUCGGAGAUUUCAAACUCUGUGAAAAGAUGGCUCUGUUUGACGGAAAGAAGUAUUCAGAACUGCACGGUGGUGACAAGAAAAAGGAGGCAAAGAAAGAACAGCCAAAGCCGAAGAAAGAACAGCCAAAGCAGGAGAAAAAGAAGAAGGAGGUUGAAGAGGAUGAAGAUGAUGCACCAAGGAGGGAUGAAAAAGACCCAUGGAUCAAUUCACCGAAAACGUCUUUUGACUUUGAUGCAUUCAAGCGUAGCUACUCCAACAAUGACACCUUGACAGUGGCCCUGCCAUACUUCUGGGAGAAAUUUGACAAGGAGAACAUGUCCAUCUGGCACUGUGUAUACAAAUACCCCGAAGAACUGAAGAAGAUCUUCAUGACCUGUAAUCUCGUGGGAGGUUUCAUUCAGCGAAUUGAGAAGAUGCGCAAGUUUUCCUUUGGAAGCAUGUGCAUUCUUGGUGAGGACGACAAGAACCAGAUCAGUGGAGUGUGGUUCUGGAGAGGACAUGACCUUGCAUUUGAGCUGUCUCCUGACUGGCAGAUAGACUUCGAGUCCUACACCUGGACCAAGCUGAACGCUGAUGAUCCAAAGACAAAGACUAUGGUACAAGAGCACUUCGCAUGGGAGGGAGACUUUGAAGACUUAAAAGGACUGAAAUUUAACCAGGGAAAGGUCUACAAGUGAUUUCAUACAUUUUGGAUAAUGAACACUGUGUAAUGUUAUGUAUAAGUUAUUAAUGGGUAACUUAAACGAACAUCUAAGUGUGCUUUGAUGAUUGUGAUUGGUGCCAGAAAUAAAAAGAAAAAACCCCGA